GAGCUGCCCGUAAAAAUGCAUUUUUCCUUCGAUUUCACAAAAUCGCCGCUGUUCGAAUGUCUUUUGAUCGGACAAUUUUUUUGCAUGGUGACAAUUGCCUCUGUAGUCGGUAUGAUCAACGCGUUGCUCGCCUGCUUGGUACUUCAUGUUGGUAGCCAAAUUGACAUUAUGAGACGAGAUCUGAUGCAAAUAUCUGUCAGCGACGAUCCCCGUGAGACGAUGGCCAUCAUCAGGGACCUUGUUUUCAGACAUCGGAAAAUCAUCGCCCUGUCAGACAAGAUAGAAAGCGUAUUCACACUCAUAGCGUUGAUGCAACUCUUCUGGAAUACUCUGAUUAUUUGCAGCACCGGUCUCAUAAUCGUAAUUAAUAUCAACAACAACAAAGGCAUGUCGGUUCUGAUCAAAUCGAUAUUUUUCUAUGUCGCUAAGACGAUGGAAGUGUUCGUAUUCUGUUACGCGGGGGAGUUCUUAAGCUCCAAGGUACUUCACGUUGGUAGCCAAAUUGACAUUAUGAAACGAGAUCUGAUGCAAAUAUCUGUCAGCGACAAUCCUCGUGAGUCGUUGGCCAUUAUCAGGGAUCUUGUUUUCACACAUCGGAAAAUCAUCGCCCUGUCGGAUAAGAUAGAAAGCGUAUUUACAGUUAUCGCGUUGAUGCAACUCCUCUGGAACACUCUGAUUAUUUGCUGUAGCGGCCUCAUGAUUGUAAUUGUAAGUAAGAUGAAUGGUUUCAAGUUUCCAAUCUUUCGUCAAUACGUUCACCGUCUGCGUUCGCAGACUCUCAGCAGCAGCAAAAGAGUUUCGGUCUUAGUGAAAUCUAUGCUUCUUUAUGUCGCCAAAACGAUAGAGGUAUUUGUAUUUUGUUACGCGGGGGAGUUCUUAAGCGCCAAGAGUAAGUCGAUUAGCGAUGCAGUUUACGAGUCGAUGUGGUACGACAUGUUACCGUCCACUAGUCGCGUUUUAUUGUUCAUAAUAGUGCGAUCCCAAAAGCGACUGACAAUCACCGCUGGGAAAAUUGUUGACUUGACUUUGGAUGGAUUUAUGAGCGUCAUGAAGACGUCUGCUUCUUACAUGUCUGUAUUACAUGCGAUGUAUUAAAUUCGAAGAAAUAUGAUCCACCCGCGGCAAUUUCUACGGACGAGCUGAAAAAGUGUCACAUAUACGUUAUGAUCCAUGAAUUACGAGGCAUAGAAAGUUGAUGUUGGGGUCAAAGCAAGCGAGACACAGUCUCAAUAUCAGUUCAUUUUAUACGAACAAUGUGCGCUGAGAUAUGUAAUAACCGGCUCGUCUGAAGCUCUGCCAAUAAAAAUUUGUUAC